GCUGAUGGUAGAGCCCAUUUGGUUGGAAAGAAAGGCCGAUAGCACCUUACGAAAUCUACCAACAAAAAAGUAAUAAAGAUAUGAUGAUUCUUGUUUCGUGUUCUUCGCCUUCGGCUUCCCCUUCCUCUCAGAUCGAUAAUAAAUUAAAGUCCAUAAAAAGUUAAAAACAGAACAAAAUAGCAAAACAAAAUAACAAAUGGCAGCAAGUACUGCAACUGCACCACAAUUUUUCAACCUCACUCACUCUCUUCCACCUUCUUCCAAGUUUCUCCAUUUCACUAAUGUUCCUUCUUCUCUUCAACAUCCCUUUCCUUCUGGAAUCUUCUACAAGCAUCGUUCACAUCAAUUACUAAUCUGCAAUUGCAAUAGCAAGUUGAAUAACUCGAGUGGAGGAGAACAAUAUGAGUUGGAUGAAGGACUUUUCGGUGGGUAUGAUGGGGUUGAUGACGAGAGUGAUGAGGAUGAUGCAGAGAGCAGCCUCGAUUUGUUUAUCAGAUUCUUUCAAAGCAUGUUCAGGAAAUUCUCUAAGCGUGCCAAGAAGGCCUCUCGCUCCGUUUUGCCAUCAGUGAUUUCGCCUCAGCUUGUUUCUUUUGCAGUGGAUGGGACUCUGCUACUUGCUUCACUUUCCAUAGCCAAAGCACUUCUUGAGGUCUUCUGCACACUUGGAGGCACUGUAUUUGCUGCAAUUCUGCUUCUGCGUGUGAUUUGGGCAGCAGUUUCUUACUUCCAGUCAAGUGGAAAUAGCUUCAAUCAGGGUGGGAGUUCCUUUGGUGCUGUAGCCUAGACGGCUCUUCAUAUUUUACAAAAUUUUUCUGUAUUAAUUUUUAGGUAAUAGACUAACAGUAAUAUAUGAAGGGAAUUUUUUCUUCAGCUACAUAUUGUAUAUGAGAAAGUAUGUAGUCAUCAUUCGUGCUAGUGUUUGUUCACUUGAAACAUGUGAUAUUGAUAUUUUGAUAGGUGAAUGGAUCAUAUCACUACUUAUUCCAUUUGAGGGAA